AUGAUUCACUCAGGAAAGUCUCUGAUUGGUGAACACAAAGCUUUGGAGGAUCGCCGAUCAAUCACAAAUCUGACGUUCGGUCAAAAUUCUGACGAUUUGCAUAGAGACCUCAACAAGGAUCGGUCCCAGAUCCUGGUCAAGAAUAAACAGGUUCUCAACAGAAACAGGGAGAAGAGAAGAGUGAUUAAAGAGGGAACUAAGAUGACAGUAAAAUCCUUGGAGGAGAGUGUUUUACUGGCAAAGGUAACCGCAUAAACUUUCGGAAUGCAUCCAAAGUGUGCGGAAAUGGUGGUGAUAUAUAAAGCCGCUUUUUUUUUCUUGAGAGUAUCUCUUGAAAGAGUAUUCGAAGGAGGGGGGCACGAACAGUGAAAGUUAGAUGGAAGGUAACUACGACAAAAUGGCAACGAACACUCUUAAUGUCCGAUUGCAACCUGUGGAGCAGGUGUAAUCUUUUUGGCGUUUUCCAACGGAGCUUAGCCAAACACUUGGUGUGCGCAAGGGGUAGUCAUGCACGGAAAAGGAUCGCUAAUCUAUUCGUACGUCACGUACAUUUUCCAAAACUCUUUUAAAAAACGUCUGACAAAUGCCUCUUUUGCAGGUCAGACUUGAUUUUUUCCCUGCUCCCACAACAUAACUUAAAACCUUUCCACAUGGUAACUUGCUAAUUUUCUCCUAUUCAAGUUUUUUUUCUGUUUUUAGUCAAUUAUAUCGGAUGAGGCAAUGAACAAGGAACGUGACUUGAGGUGUAUCAAGCGUCGACGCAUAAUCCGUAAAUUUUUUUCACUGCGACUUCACACAUCUUUAUCAGAAGGUGUACCGCUGGCAAAGUCAGUCAUUCUACCACGACCUGUUGAUCCAAAGAAAGUGAAAAGAGACAAGGAAAGACUUAAAGUUAUAAAAGAAUUGUCAAGGGAACAUGUCAACCCUUCAUUUGAAGACGUGAUUCAGAUUGUGGCCUCAAUCUCUCGCUCGGUCGAGGUUACGAGAGAAUUGGAAAAACAAAAUGAUUUCAAAAGACAUGUAAGUAUUCUGGAAAAAUAAAGCAGAUUGGUUGAAAACAUAUUUAAUAAGAAUCGAUUUCAAUUUAUGACGGUAUCUUUCUGAAUCUUAAAAAAAUAGUCGUUUUUAAGCAAUAUCACAUUUUCAUCGUCACACUUCUUGGUCCAUAUUUAAACGCCCAUUUAAACUCGUGGUUACUCUCUGCCACGACAAGAACAAAACUUUUAUUGUGUCUGGUCAAAAGAGCUCUCGUUGCCGGAAUCGUUGUUAUGAUGACGAUGAUGAUGUUUAUCCUGGACUCCUACAAUGCCUUAUUGUGGUAAUUUCCAACGCCACUUUCCUAAGUAGGAUUGGUUGUUUUAAUCCUCCUUUAUUUUAACUGAAAUCUCUUUGUUUUACUCAGUUGAUUUCCCUUGACACAAAAACCUUUCCAAUCAAGAAUAUGAUGCCCACUUUUGAAAUGGAUAUAAAGUUUGUCCGGAACGUGAUCUUUGGUCAGUUUGCUUUUGAUCAUGGCGAAAAUCCCCAGAUGGGAUGUGAGUGCUUUUACUGUGACAAUUACUGGAGUAAAGUAGGGGGACCACACUGCUCCUAUAUACCAAAGUAA